AUAGGUACUGCUUCCGAAUGGGUAACUGUGCCCAAUAACAUACCAAACUGUCCACCCGGUUUGGAAUAUUUAACAACUGUGGAUCAACUAUUGAUAAAUCAAAAAGUUGAACUUCUAGAGGCUUUUACAGGUUUCGAGACUAAUAACAAAUACGUUGUAAACAAUGUGGUCGAUCAAAAAGUUUAUUACGUUUUGGAGGAUACCGAUUGUUGUACUCGUAAUUGUUGGGGUCCAGCACGUCCAUUUGACAUGAGAAUAUUCGACAACUAUCAAAAAGAAGUAAUUCAUCUCUACCGACCAUUUAGCUUACCAUGUAGCUUUUUUUCAUGUUGUUUGCAAAGCAUUGAAGUUACUGCCCCUCCUGGUCAAAUAAUUGGACGUGUAGAACAAGAAUGGACACUUUGUUUACCAUAUUUUAGAAUUAAAGAUGCUAAUGAUGAAACUGUAUUACGUAUUGAAGGUCCGUGUUGUUUGGCCAACUGUUGUAAUGAUGUUAACUUUAAUAUUGUUUGUCUUGAUGGUGAAGUUAUUGGUAAAAUCUCAAAGUGGUCUGGUUUCAGUCGCGAAUGUUUCACAGAUGCUGAUUUCUUUGGUAUUAAUUUUCCUAUGGAUUUGGAUGUUCGUAUUAAGGCAGUAUUAUUAGGAGCCACAUUUCUAAUAGAUAUGAUGUUUUUCGAACACAAUUGAAAAAUUA